CCACAUCGCUUAGCUUGACGCAAGCUCAUCACAUACUACAUGUUCAUGGAAGCGGGUGUGGUCCCGUUUUCUGAAUAGAGUGUACGACACUAUUCCCGAAUCCGUUGUCGACUUUGGGACCUCGGUCCUGCCAUCCACAGCUUGCCGCGAUGCUCCUUUUCAUCGCAAGAUCAGAUGCCCGUACUUUGACCAACAUCAUCACCCCGUACACGAUCCCGUCGAUGGGCAAAGCAACACCGGGGUGCUGCAUUCUUGGACAGCCGGUUCCCGCUUCUCUGGGCCAGCCCAAAUGUCGCUGUCACCAUCGAGGCCAGGGUCGGUCACCUCCAACGCGCCCCAUCGUCCAGCAUCCACUCUCUGCCCUGAUCUUCUCCCUCCAGCCGAGGCCACUGCCACACCACCAUCCGGACGACCGCUCAGCGACCAGCAGAAUCACCCCAGGGCACCGCCUCAGACGUCAUGAGCCUCCUCUCGCCCGAUGAUAUGUCAUCGGCAGCGGUGGUCUUCCUUUCGGCCCUGUCGCUCACGCUGCUCACCAACCGCAUCUCGCAGCUCCUGGGCCAGGCAAAUGCGGUCGCCGAGGGAGUCUUGAAUCCACAGCAGGUCGAGCCGUCGACCCAAGAUUCGCCAGCCACCUCGGGUCCAGCUCUGAGCCGCAGCUCAAAGAGGAGACCCUUCCGGACCGACGACGCCUUGAAUAUUUCUGCUCUUGGGGCCCUCACCCGCUCCUCCAACAUCAACACGAGAGAGAGUGCCGUUCAGAUCCUCCUCAACCGCGCCAUAUCUGAGGAGCACCUAUCUGCCAUCGUUGCCGGAUGCAAUAGCUCCAAUCCGGCCCAUCGCCAAAAAUGCAUCUGUGCUAUCCAGCUGCUGGCCAAGCCCGAGGAAAAUCGCCAAGCGCUGAUCGACUCUUCCAUCCCAAAGCUCUUCACCAAGCUACUCAAAGAUGAACCCCGACUGAGUGCUCGUCGCGAUCUCAUCAUCACACUCUUUCGCCUCAUCAGCGGACGCGACAAACAGAAAAUCUACAUAGCCAGGCAUGGUAUCUUGGCUCCGCUGAUCAAGAUCCUGAAGGACUGCCCUUCGCACAACACCGACCUGAAGUACUGGGCACUGCUGCUGCUGCAUCAACUCUCGCUUUGUGACGACGUCCAUGCCGGCAUGAUCAAGAAGGACAUUGUCUCGCUCUUGGCGACGUUGACUCGGCUCACCUUUGGCAACACAAACAUGCAAAAGAUGUGUCUUCACUCGCUUGUUCGGUUGAUCACAAGCAUGGAAUCGCAGCGAGCCACAAAGGAGCUCAACAAACUGCUUGAUAUGCAUAUGGUUUCAAUGAUCGCGCUGUGCCUCAAGAAUGACGACAUGGAGCUGAUAUACUGGACCGUGUUUUUGAUGCACGAGUUUGUGGUUAAAGACAUUGCCCGGUCAAACUUUUGUCAGAUCAAGGGUUUGAUCAAGGUUUUGUCGAGCCUCCUCACUGAAGAUGCUCUGAUUCCACGCAUCGUGCUGCGAACGCUCAAGUGUUUGGCCUAUUCGAAUGAGUCAUUCCAGAAGGAAAUGAUUCAGGCCGGCGUUUUGAAAAAGAUUGUCCCAUGCAUUUCGUCCGACGACCAAGAGUCACAGUAUUGGGCAUUGGUCCUCAUCCACGGCCUCCUCAGCUCAGUCGAGACUCGCGAGGAAUUCGUCGCCCUCAAGGGUCUCGAUAUCCUUCUCAAGCUCUCGGAGGACUCCAACCUUCAUAUCUCACUCUACAUCACCGACAUUCUUGUUUAUCUCUGCAGCACAGCCCAAGUACAUGAACAGAUCCUCAAUUCGGAUAUCAUGAGCACAGUCCUUCGCUUUUGCGAGGGCGAGGAUGACUUGAAAUAUGCCGGUGCCGCUCUGAUGCUGAACCUGAUCGGGGUCUCGGACACGGUGGUCAUCAAGAAAAUCGAGGAAGCCGAUGGUAUUUCGGUGUUGACACGGUUUGUUCUCCACUCCGAACGGGAGAACAUCCAGACGGUCUCGGCCAAGACCCUCUGCACCAUCGCAAGAAAGGACGAAGGUCUGGCUUUUGUGAUCAUGCAAACUGUUGUUGGCCCUCUGAUCCAGAGAAUCCUCAAGCUGGGUUUUCAGUCGAUCCACUUGAUCUUCCCGAGCAGCUUCCCCAGCAGCAACCAAGGCACUGUGUCUCCCACAAACAGUGCCUCCUCCUCGGUCCCGCACGCACAGCACCAUCCCAACACAGCUGUCGAAGAUAUCUCUCCCGUGGAAGGAGGACACCCAUCCAGCAUUGGACUACUCGUUCAGGCCGAGAGAGCCUGGGAUGAUGGUGAUAGCGACGGUGGUCCGCCCAAGCAUACCGAGGAUGCGGCUCCGGCCACCCCGACGCUAAGCGAAGUGUCUGGUCAGCUGGCCGGACAUAUCGAGAGUCUGUUCCUGUUUAUGCAGUCUACGGCCUUCAGUCAUGUCUAUUCGCGAGAAGACGACGAGUGGCACUCCUUCAACGAGAUAUACGGGCAGGACAUUGACGAGCUCUGCUCGCUGCUGCUCGACUUUUUGGUUCUCCCUAUGGUUGCCGAUCUCGAAGAAUAUACCGAGCAGCUCGCCGAAAUGAACGCCGCAGCCAGUGCCAAGACCUCGACUCCCCAGAGCCCCGCGAGCGACAUUGUCAGUCCUGCCACGCCACGCCGCCCCACCGUUUCGAGAGACAAGAUCAAGAUCGUCAUCUCGCCAACGAACGCGUUCGCGGCAAACUCUCCACUGGCCGAGACCGGCAGAAGCCCGAGCUUGCUCUCGGCACAACGGGCCGCUCUGCUCAUGGAAUCGAGCACGGGCAUGGGCUCCCCGCUCCGCGAGUGCGUUUCCAGUGCCAAGCGCAGCGACUCUCCUCUCGCCGCCUCACCCUCCUCCGAGGUUGGAUUGGGCUCUCCGGCCGGGGAACCCACGCCAGCAGAUGCCAGCGAUUCGGCGACAGCCAAUCCAGCCACCGAGAACCAAAUCGAGAUCGAAGACAGCACUACGUCGCGCCGUACCUUCAGCGUCUCAACCCACCAGUCCGCCGAGACGGCAAAUCUAUCCGAAGGGAGCGAGAACCGCGAGGCUAUCAAAGAGGUCAAGGAAAUGCUCGCUACCAACGCCAUGUCGCUGAUCCGGGCUCUGUUCUUGGGCGAAACCCACGCAAAGGAAUUUUUGCUGCGCGAACGGUGGUUCAACAUCGUUGGCACUCUGCUGGACGAGAAGAAGCAAGAUCUAGUGGAGCAGUCUGUGAUGUCGCUAUCGCAGUGUGUCGAGCCUCGAUCGGAGAGCCAAGUGUCCACCCGUAACGUCCGCGGCGUCAUUUCCAACGUUAUCGAACACAUCCUCACGGACUCGGCGGCCUCGAUCCAGUACCACGGCCGCAAUUUCAUUGCCAAGAUGGGCUGUUACAACGUGCAAGAGCCCCUCCAUCUCGAGAGCUAUGUGCGAUUCAGUCUUGCCACCCGCAGCGACCGCCGACGCACCGCCAAGGAGGAGCCCAAUCUGCAGACCGAGAACGUCAUGAUCGACUAUGCGUCAGGAUCGUGCAUCCGAAACGACGCCUGGACCUUCGAGAGCGUCAAGGGCAAUCAUGGCAUUCAAACCCCGGGCAAGUGGGCAUACGAGGUCGUGCUCAAGUCCAACGGCAUCAUUCAAAUCGGAUGGGCCAACAUGAAUUGCCACUUUGAGCCCGAGUGCGGCACCGGAGUCGGAGAUUGCAGCAACUCGUACGGUUAUGAGGGUCAGCGUUGCAAAAAGUGGCACGGCGUUUCGCCAAAGAAUAAUGACUAUGGCGAGCCGUGGGAGAUCGGCGACAUUAUCACCUGCGUGUUCGACUAUGACCAAGCCGAGAUCUCAUACUACCGCAACGGGGCCAGCAUGGGCGUCGCCUUCACCGAUGUGGACAAGAGCGUCAUCUGGUAUCCCGCCCUUUCCUUGGCCUCUUAUCAAGAAUGCGAAGUGCAUUUCGGAGAUGCGUUUGAUCCGUUCACACACAACAUCGAGUCGUGCAUGCCUGUGGCGUGGGUCCUCGAUCGCCGCGGUCUUUCUGUUGGCGAUACUGCCACAGUCCACACCGGGGGCAGCUCCGUUAGUCUGCAUCCCACCCAGGUCGACGAACUCUUCACUCCGCUGGAGCUCCCUACACCGUUGACCAGCGUCACCAGCGAUCUGUCUACAAACGACACUGAUGUCUUUGUCGAUGCUGCGAGUCACCAGAGCGAUAACGACCUGGAGCUCUCGCAAAUGACGCCCCUGCCUCCCAGCCCAUCUCCGGACGCGACUGUGGCGGACCUCGAUCUGGAUAUCGUGACCCCGGUCUCUGAUAUUUCGGUCGUGACAACACCGGCGUCGGCGGCGGCACUGGGAACACCUCGGGGCGGCUUUGUCGGCUCGCCUCUCAAGAAUAACAUCGAGAUGGAGCUGUUCAGCGACCACGACGAUGUCCUCUCGCCCGAUACCGAGCUCACGUCUGAUAUCGACGAGACUUCGUCGGAACCAACAGUUGGCGAGCCUGCGCCUCCCAUCUACUUUGAAGUCAAAGUCGGUCUCAGAGGCCUGCGCACGAAGCGACACCCACAAAUCGGAAUCAUCGACAUGGACGAGUGUGUCUAUAUGGCGCUUUCGACCAGCCAUCGCACGCUGUUCUUGAUUGCCCGCCAUCCUGUUGACGACGACGAGUUCUUUGACAGCCGCCUGGGGUGCAUUCUCUCGUCGCCUUUGCUGACGCCGCCCGCCGAUGCGCUUGUGUUCCCGAAGCGGUCGCUCUGGCACCCGGUUUCGGAGCAGAUUCCACCCGAGGUGGUCGAAGAAGGCAUCGAGAUCGUCGGCAUCUUCGAAAACCGACACUUUGAAGAGGCUUCGGUGGUCGGCUGUUAUUUGACUGGCAGCAGGCUGUCGUUUACGCUGAACGGCAAGCGCUUUGGCCCCUCCAUGCACAUCUCGAGCCACUUCUUGUCCCCUUACUACCGCAAUCUGUCUCGGUGGUCGGUAAACGUUGGCCAAGCCAGCUUCAAGUGGGACUGGGCAAACCAGCCCGACUCGGGCAUCGCCAAAUAUGCCAGCAGCGACUGAGCCAUUCUCAGAGUCACAUUGCCUCCUCUCAUCCGUGGCUGUUGGUUACUGGGCACCUCCCAUAAUACAUCCAUGGACAAAACUCGACCGACA